AUGUCGUCAGAAGAGCCGGUGGCAGCGGCCAAACAGGAUGAAAUGAAAGAAAUCAAGGAUAAAGAACCCAAGAAUCCGAACACUUCGUUCAUCCACAAACUGUAUGCGAUGUUGGAAGACCAUAACCUCGAUCACCUUAUAUGGUGGCAUGCCAACCAGUCAUCCUUUUAUGUGCUUCCUUCCGAAGAAUUUACAAGGGUAUUAAGCAAUUAUUUCAAGCAUGCAAAUAUCGCUUCGUUUAUACGGCAGCUGAACAUGUACGGUUUUCAUAAAGUGAACGACAACUUUAACAACGAGACGCUAACAACUACGCCACCUCCCUCGGAUCAGACGGGCUCUAGAAAAGGCUCUAACUCGUCGAACAACUCGUCAUAUGUCUGGGAAUUCAAACACUCAUCUGGAUGGUUCAGACAAGGAAAUACCGAGGGCCUAACACAGAUCAAGCGACGCUCAUUCAAAAAUGUCAGCUCGCAAAAGGAGGUUCACAGUUUGAAACUUCCGCAGACGGAGGGGAUGAAGGACGCCCAAAACUACGUGCCCUAUAGGUAUCAUCCAAGUAGCCCGGGUGAUCUCAACGACGUAACGAUGCAAGAGGAAAUGGACAUGAAAGCUAGACUUACCAACUCUUAUGUGCAACAGCAGAUGAGUACGACGAUGCCACCCAAGGAGACAAACUAUUUAGAACUCACCGGUCAGUAUCACGAUUUACUUAGAGCUUACGACGCUUUGACAUAUCGCUAUGAGAUUGUGAAAGAAGACCUUACAAAGACAAACUAUGAUUGUGUUUCGCUUCUGGAUGUUCUAAAGGACGUCGUUGGAUUGAUACCCAAAGAACCGGCUAACGAAAUGAUGACUACAAAAUUACUGUCGGAGCUCGAGAAAUUCAAAACCAACGUUCUUCAGCGGUGCGCCGCGCGAGACAUGGCUUUCAAACAAGUAACAAAUGGCCUUGGACAUUAUGGCGAGAGCGGAUCGAUCUUUUCGGACAGUCAUGGAUCUCUUGCUGUUCCAAUACACACCCCUCAUACGUCUCUGUCUCAUAUACCCCAGCCUCCACCCCGCAACUCAUCCGCCACGUCGUCCUUCCAUCCUUACGACCAGAGUCAACUGCCUUACAAGGACAUCAGAUACAGCGGAUCCUCCAACAGGCCCAGAAACGUAUCUGUAUUUGAUCCAUUGCAACCUGCAACACCUUCGGUGAUCAACACAGGUCCACCUCCACCUCCACCGGGCGAGCAAUCGCCAGCAAUCUUGAGUCAAAUGCAUGAGACCGACAUGUCACACCAAUCUGCGCAGCAACCAAUGCGUCGCAACUCCCCAGCAGUCAUGCCCUUUUUGGGUUCUCCCGGCCCUGUCCGGCGGUCUUCUCCCGGUCCAGGAAACCCGCCUCCACCACUGAUAAUGCAAACGCUCUCUGGAGUUCCUGGAGAAAAUGCUAAGACGAGGUCGUCGUCUGCCAACUCGCUGUCAUAUCUUCAAAAUACUGCUCCAGCCCCUACUGGCUCACCAACAAACAACCUGAAAAGGGCAGGAUCGAUGCCAUCACAGCCGGUGACGGAGGAGAAACGAUCAAGUCAAACAUACUCACUGACCAAUCCGCCAAGAUCGAUACCUUCUCAGCUUAACCAACGGACAGUUCAUGAACAUCAGCAACAGCAGACAGCACAGCAAAGCAGAACGAACUCGUCGAGUUCAGCGAGCGCUACAUCUGUCCCUCCUCUUCAGAAUACGCCGUCAACUACCGUGUAUUCACUCUUGAAUCCUCCAAAAGGACGCACAGAAGAGCCCAAGAGAGAAUCCGACGUAACGGAAGAAAAUGUCAAGAGGAUCCGCAGUCAAUAA